AUGCUGAAAGUUAGCGAUUAUGUCCAUGGAACCAUACCCCAAAACAAUGACCGGCCAGUGUCCCAGGGCACCAGCAAAGGCAGCAUUCCGUCCUCAAGGCUGCGUGCGGCGGAAUUGGCUCGGGUCAAUGUACCUCCUACUAGAUUAGCUGGGUUCAAUGCCACCCCGGCAGUGAACAUGCAUGGCAGACAACAGUCCCAAAACUUGCAAAUGACGGGUGAUCAAAGGAUUGGGCCUUUUGGCGCACUUAACCCGGAGCAUCGCGAUAUGUUCGAUACAGACGUUGAAGGAUUUGACGACAGCACCACCACGAUGAGUCUCGUUCGAGACGACGAUGUCGUUGUGCCGCCACCACCCCAGGAGGAGCGUCUGGCCUCUCCCAGGAGAGGCAGAGACAAUGGAACCACACACCAUCAUGGCGAUAUGUCAUUGGACCCAUUGAAUGGCGCAUUUGAACAGCGGAAUUAUAUGUCAAUUGCCGAGAGAAUGAAGGAGCUCGAUUCUGAACCUGAUGAUCUUCGUACUAGUCAUCAGCAUGAGCAUUAUCAUCAGAAUUUCGAGGCUCAUGUUGAUGAGCAAGAUGGCGAUCACGAUAUGGAGCUCGAGGGAGAGCCCACUAUCAAGGUUGGAUGGGAUGCCAACCAUGGGAACAGCCAGCACGCUAUGAGUUGGCAACAGAUUGAGGCAGCACUUCGGGAGCAUAACCGUCAAACCGCGGGCAACGAGUCAAGCUCCGUGCAACGUCCAGAAUACAUGCCGCCACACCAGGUUCAAAGUGAACUACAGAGCCCUGCCGGAAAUGAACCAGACCAGAGUAACUACGCCAAUACCACCCACGCUACUCCUCGACCGAUACGGAAACUAAUUCCUGGAGGCCGCUUUACUCCCAAAUCCCGUUUCGCGACCCCCAAGCCUCCAAAACCGCCAACACCAUUUUCAAUCUCACGAAUUCCACGCCCAAUUUCUGCUCCAGGGAUCCCUUUUCCUUCCGACAACGCUCUCUCUCCGCUUAAUCCUGAGUAUCGCAGGGAUCAGCUUCCACUCAGUCCUUCCCAAACAGACACCAACAACGAUCAGUAUCAUAACAACCAAGGGGGCAUAUUCGACACGACCGACCUAAGUGCCCUAGACAGCUCCGAAGAAAGCAUUACAGAGCCAAAUAUGCCGCCUUCGGCCACUUCUCCACAGCUCUCCACGCUCUCUCCUGUAUCUUCAAAACGCCCAUUCACAGCCUUCACGUCCGACUAUCACCCGAACAUCCUUCAUACCAAAUCCUACUCCGACCUCCAAGCCGAGCCGUUCGAUUAUAAUCCCGCCCCACCACCACCUGUCUUCCCACCACAAGACCCGGAGCUCCCACUCAUAGAAAAGCUACACCGCUUGAAAUCACUUACCGACGACCAGAGACGUAACUUUUUCUCAUCUCUGACGCAGGCAGAAUGGGAAGAUAGUGGGGACUGGUUGAUCGAGCAAUUCGGCGUUAUCUUGCAGAAAACAAAGAACGCGAGACGGGAAAGAAGACAGGUUGCUGCGGUGUUCGAGGCAGAGAUCAAGCGGCGCUACGAACUUGUGGAGGGAGAAGUGAAAGAUAUCCGAGAUCGAAUGGAUGACAUGAGAGCCGGAGGCAUGGGGGUUUUGAAAGGUCGAGGGUGA